UAAGACAAUAAGCAAUACGUUCAUUUAUUUUAUUUUUUUAAAAGUUGUAAAACAGCUAAUAACGUUAAUAUUAAUUUAAUACCCAACCUAACAUUAUUAAUGAUGUACCCAAUUCGACCUCAUCAAACCCGACCUGAGUACUUGAAUUGAUACCUCUAGCCAAUACUUAUAGUGCUUGCAUCAGUUUCUCAGCUAUACCUCAGAAUUCCAAGCCCAAAUUCUGAUGGCAAAAAUGGAGCACCAAUCUUCUCCUACACCUCAUGUGCUCAUCUUUCCACUACCUGUACAAGGCCAUGUAACCCCUAUGCUACACCUUGCUGAACUUCUUUGUCUUGCUCAUCUUCAGGUGACUUUCCUGAAUACAAACCACAACCACCAACUUCUCACCCAAAACACCAACAUUGAAGCUCGUUUUUCCCGCUACCUGGGUUUCACGUUUAAGACGAUACCUGAUGAUUGGCCGCCCCAAAACCGACCUCGGCCACAGGCUAGUAAUGUCAAUAUCAUGAAAAUCUUGAAGGCGAUGGUUGAGGGGAUGGCACCAAGGGCUGAACCCCUUAUAAGAGAGCUUCUGUUUGGAACAACAGAAACAGAUAAGGUUACCUGUUUCAUCAUAGAUGGGUGGUUGAGCUUUGCUUAUGAUCUAGCAAAAGAAGCUGAGGUACCAGUUAUUGCAUUCAGGUGUUCCAGUGCAUGUGGUAAUUGGUCUUAUUUCUGUAUUCCACAGCUCAUUGAAGCAGGAGAAGUGCCUUUCAAAGAGAAUGAAGAAAUGGAUCGGAUAGUAUGUAAUGUACUAGGGAUGGAAAGCUUUCUUCGCUACCGUGAUCUUCCCAGCUUCUGCCGAGGCAAAGACAAGUCCUCCUGUGACGAUCUUAGACAAUAUUUUAUGAGAGAGGUACAACAAACCAAGCAGGCCCAGUUUCUCAUUCUCAAUACAUUUGAGGACUUGGAGGGUCCAAUUCUGUCUCAAAUCCGAUCACAAUGCUCACAGGUUUACCCCAUCGGACCACUACAUGCACACCUAAAAUAUAGACUUGGCAAGGAGGAAACACCACUGUCCAACAAUUCAUCUAGUAGCCUGUGGGAAGUGGAUAAAAGUUGCACAUCAUGGUUGGACCUUAAGCCGGACAAGUCUGUCAUCUACGUAAGCUUUGGCAGCACAACUACCUUCACAGCUGACCAACUCAUGGAACUUUGGGCUGGUCUAGUGCAGAGUAAGAAGUACUUCCUGUGGGUAGUAAGGCCUAACAUCAUCGCAAGUAGCCUAGAUGGUCCAAUUCCAGAAGACCUUUUGGAGGGAACCAAGAAGAGAGGAUACAAGGUGAAAUGGGCCCCACAAGAUGAGGUCUUAGCUCACCGAGCCAUUGGCGGGUUUUUGACCCACAGUGGGUGGAACUCAACUCUAGAGAGCAUAAUAGCAGGGGUGCCAAUGCUUUGUUGGCCUUACUUUUCUGAUCAGCAAGUGAACAGCAGGUUUGUCAGUCAAGUCUGGGGAAUUGGCUUAGAUAUGAAGGAUACAUGUGAUAGAUCAAUAGUGGAGAAGAUGAUCAAUGAGGUAAUGGACGAGAAGAAGGAAGAACUGUGCAGAUCAAUGGAUAAUAUAUCACAAGCAGCGAAGAGAAGUAUUGCUGAAGGCGGGUCCUCAUAUUCUAAUCUUAACCAUUUAAUUGACGAAAUACAAGCCAUGUCCAAGAAAGGGGGACUUAAGAGUUCAUCCUCACAUCAAUGAAGGCAAAAAGGUGAGCAACUAACUAGUAUUCAAAAAAGCAGUGUAGCUAACGCUUUCCUACAAGUGAGUGAGACCGGGGCGGGCUCACCAACGUUAAAGUUUAAGCUUUUAAUGAAUUUCCUUCCUUGAUCAGGGAAUAAGGAGUUUGUUAUUUCUCAAAAAGCAGAGGAAGUCUUAAACAUGUGCCUCAGAAAAGACAUUGUUCUUUAGUUGAGUUUGUUAGUAGCAAUUCAUUUUACAAGAAAUAGGACAUUUCUAUGUUAAUAAUAAGCCUUGUCAUUCAAAUAAUGUGCCAGGUGAGAAUAUAGGCUAAAGGCCUGAAGCAUUUUCUACAAGAAUUAUUUACUAAGUAUAAAAUAUACUAUGUCAAAAGA